AUGGCAAUACACAAUGAUAGCUCGAGCUCUGCGCGCGCAGCUGACGAAGAGACGCCCCUCCUUCGCGACGAUGACAAUUCGAAGCUCCCAAAUGGCAAUGUUGAUAAUGCCCAGCAAGGCAGCUCAGAGCAGGUCGUGCUACCUCAGGAGCUGUCCCCGAGGCGGCUAUACAUAACACUCGCGAGCAUCUACGUGGGCGUGUUUCUAGGAGCGCUGGAUAGCACGAUUAUCGCGACCCUCUCUGCCCCCAUCUCGACAAGCUUCAACUCGCUAUCCCUUCUCUCGUGGCUAGCAUCUGCCUACCUCAUCGCAAACGCAGCAUGUCAACCGCUGUCUGGCCGCCUUACCGAUAUCUUCAGUCGUAGGACGGGUCUGCUGGUGUCAAACAUACUCUUCGCCGUGGGGAAUCUGAUGUGUGGUUUGGCAACCUCGGAAUGGAGCAUGAUUGCCGGACGUGUGGUGGCAGGUAUGGGAGGUGGCGGACUGAUGGCGAUCAGCACAUUCGUUGCGUCCGACUUGGUGCCAUUGAGGAAAAGAGGGCUUAUACAAGGCUUGGGCAAUGUCUGCUUCGGAACAGGAGCAGGAUUGGGUGGUAUAUUCGGUGGAUGGGUGAACGAUAUCUGGGGUUGGAGACUGGCUUUCCUCGCUCAGGUGCCAUUUUGCGUGCUGUCUGGGGGUCUGGUAUGGUGGUUUGUCAAUGUGCCGCCUAAGAAAUCUGACAAGCCAAAGCUCUCGCGAGUUGACUUCCUCGGAGCCUUCACAUUACUUGUCACUCUAGUCCUACUGCUGCUGGGUCUCAAUUCGGGAGGCAAUGUGGUGCCUUGGACUCAUCCCCUGAUUUUGGUCUCACUUCCACUAUCAGCUGUGUCUCUUUGUGCCUUUGUAUAUGUUGAGCUCUACAUCGCCUCCGAGCCAGUCAUUCCUGUCCGACUCCUUCUCAACCGCACUGUGGCAGCGGCCUGCCUCUGCAACUGGUUCACAACAAUGGUCACAUUCAUGAUCCUUUUCUACAUCCCUAUAUUCUUCCAAGUCAAAGGCGUCUCCACAACAGCUUCCGGUAUGCGACUCAUCCCACAAUCAGUGGGUGCAUCCAUUGGUUCUCUCGGCUGCGGUCUCAUCAUGAACCAAACUGGAAAAUACAAAGCGCUCUCCAUCGCAGUCCUCACCAGUUUCUGUCUCGGAACCGGCCUUCUAUCUACCCUCAGCCUUUACACUCCUGACUGGCCAGGCUACAUCUACCAAUUCCUCAUCGGUCUUGGGUAUGGAGGAAUGCUCACCACCACUCUCCUCGCCGUCAUCUCAGCAGUCGACCAUGAGCACCAAGCCGUCAUCACAUCUGCCACCUACGCUUUCCGCUCUACAGGCUCCUCCAUUGGCGUCACAAUCGCAUCAGCCGUGUAUCAGAACUUACUCGUCUCUUCGCUCCACGACAAGUUUGAUGGUUUACCAGGUGCGGAGAAGGAGAUUCGUAAAAUCAGAGACAAUUUCGAUGAGUUGAAACACCUCCCUAAGGGAUGGGAACAUGGCGUGAAGGACAGUUUUGCGCUUGCUUUGAGGGGCGUUUUCUUGACGGCGUUGGGGAUUGCGGUUCUUGGUGCGGUAUGUGGCUCGUUUAUGAGGCAGCAUACUUUGCAUAAGACUUUGGCGAGGAGGCAGUCAGAUGCCACUGCGUAG